AGCUUAACAAUGGCUUUGCCGGCUGCAUUUGCCCUGUGGGGUUAUCGGCUGGCUGUCCCUGCUCCCAACAAUGGCCUUGCAUUCGUUUGCAUGAACUAACAUAUUAAUCACAGCGAAGGGUCUGCGCCGGGAUUUCGCAUGGUAGCACAGGUGUGCUCCUGUGUUGCCGUGCAGACUGAAGCGAGCGAGCGAGCGUGUGGUGCAUCUGUGGCGUGUGUUUGCACGUGCCUGCUCUCUCUGACUGGCUGUCUCCUGAGCUGCUACUCUACUCUCUCUCACCCAUUCACUGUCUAAUAGGAAACAAAUCUGCCCCUGGACAUGCCAGGGCUUAAAAUAGAUGUUGAGACAGCAGCCUUUCCCCUUCUUCAGCAGCAACAGCGUCAGUAGCAGGAACGGCAGAGGCAAGGAGAGGGAGAGCACAGGAGAUGGCCGACUAGAUCUGAAGGAGAAGCCUUCUUUCCCAGCUGAGAAAAAGCAGAGCCUUGACAAAGUUUAGAAACCGACCGUGGGUGGUGGUCGCAGCAGAAACACUGCCCCGCCCCAGCCCCCUCAAGAGGCCCGGGAUGCAAGGGGGGGCUUGGCGGCACCAAUGGCCUUCUUGUCCCGGUUCUCCCGGAACGGAUCCAGGGCUCCCAGCCGGCGGAUUCACGAUGACACCGUCAGCCACCCCAUCCUCAGCGUCUUCGAGUUGGAGAGGCUGCUCUACACAGGGAAGACAGCCUGCAACCAUGCCGACGAAGUGUGGCCAGGACUCUACCUGGGAGAUCAAGAUAUAGCUGCCAACCGCCGGGAGCUGGCGCGCCUGAACAUCACCCACAUCCUCAAUGCCUCGCACAGCAAGUGGCGGGGAGGGGCCGAUUACUAUGAAGGCACUGGCAUCUGCUACCUGGGCAUCGAGGCCCACGACUCGCCCACUUUCGACAUGAGCCCCUACUUUGAUCCCGCCGCUGACUUCAUCCACAAGGCGCUGAGCAGGACUGGAGGAAGGAUCCUUGUUCACUGUGCCGUGGGGGUGAGCAGAUCAGCCACUUUGGUCCUCGCCUACCUCAUGAUUUACCAUCGCUUGACCUUGGUGGAGGCCAUAAAGACCGUCAAGGACCACCGAGGCAUCAUCCCCAACCGGGGUUUCCUACGUCAGUUGGCUGCCCUGGACAACUCCCUCAGGUUGAAACAGAGGCCAUGAGUGGAAGGGCCAGAGGGGAAAACAAUGUUGGAGCCGGUCCUGAGGCAUUUCCAGGCCAUAAUUUGGGCUCUGGUAUCCCUGAACUUCCACAGUUCCCGCCCUGCAGAAGCCCAAGGCCUACAAGGCCUCUAAUUUCUAAAGUUAGCUUCAGGUGUCAGCCAGAGGUGGCUCAGGUUUCCGAGAGGCAGAGAGUUCCCCAACCCCUCUCUCCAUUUCUCCCUCCUUUGGGAAGCCAUAAAAUGGGGCUCUUCUUGAUAUCAAGUCUCAACCUCAGACCAGGGGAGCCUUCAGCUAUCUAAAUCCCCUCAGAGUCCUGUGUGGUGUGGCCUGUCCCCAUAUUUGCUUUUAACCUUUGUUGAAGUGCUUGGGUAGUUCCUUAAUGUAUUUUAGCUGUGAGAAUAAAGUCCUGCAGAGACUAAAUGCAUCAGAGCAUUUUUCCACCCAACAGUGAUAGGCAAUUAUGGGGCAAGGGAAGAAGAAUAGGUUUGGUGACAGCUAGAGAGCCAUUUUGCUGCUGUCUGGGGUGGGGUGAGGAGUAGUCCCAGAACAGCAACUGCCCAAGGGUCCCAGGAACUUAGAAGGGCCUUCCACUGGCGUAACCCAGCUGCACCCCAAUUCAUCACCCUCUCUACCAAGCCCACAGGUGCUUUCAGUUACAGGUGCUGCUGCUGCUGCUUUUGAAUGGGAGCCAAAAUCAGCUCCCUUCCAGAAUGGCUGCCCACCAUUUUAAGUUACCCAAAAUGUAAUGCCCUGGACCACAGAUUUGUAAAAUGUAUUGCUUUCACAGUUCUGUAGUCUGAGUUGAUCAGUAAUUCUGUUGCAGCCACUACAAGCAGGGCUGGGCCCUGCCCUGGUUCAAGGAAGGUUACUGGGCAUGGCCAGGACCAUGCGAAGGGGCUGUCUAAAGCCUGGCACUGGCUUGGAUGGAAUGAAGUACAUAGAGCACUAUUCUUAUUAUUUUUAGCCAUUCUCCAUCACUUAAUGAGAAAAGAAACUGCAUUCAGAAAUUGUCAAAGGGGAGAGAAAAUGUUAGUGAAAUUCUCACAGGCAUGGUGUGGGCUUUUACUUACUUUCAAGUAGGCCAAGGGGCAUUCGUGAGCCUCUUUUCUUCCACUCUAGCUAGCUGGUCAAAUAUACAGAAUAUGGAGAAUCAAGUCUUUCCUGAAAUCCACUGUUGGGUCAUACCUUUUUUAGGACCAACCAAACAUGUCACCCAAAAGUGGCAAGUUUUGAAGAGGGAGCAAGGCAGCGUCAGCUCCAGAGACCUGCCAGGACCAGCAAUGAAAGGAAGUGCCGUUUGAGUGAUACCAGGCAUAAAGAUAAAAAGUUCAAUGGUUCCUAGAGCAGAAUUGCUGGUGGAGUGGAUUCCCCACCUCCUAGAAUGGAUUUUUUGUUUGUACCAGCUGCUGAAAGUUGAAGGAGCUCAGGUUCAUUCUAGGAACCAUGGGGGGGAGAGACCAUAGAUCAGUGGUAUGGAUAUAUUUUGCAUCCAGGUCCCAGGCUCAAUCCCUUGCACCUCCAGGUAGGGCUGGGGGAGUCUCCGUGUCUGAAACCUCGAGAGCUGCUGCCAGUCAAUGUAGACAAUUCUCUGGCUCUGCAUAAGACAACUUCCUAUGCUGCUAUGAAUGGAAUGCUUCAUCCCUGCUCCAUCAAUUUGCUCCCUCGCCUACCUGUAUGUCCAUGCCCUCACCUGCCUUCAGUCACUCAUUGCCUGUGGCUACCAGGCAAGGGCUUAAAUCAGGCAUAGGCAAACUCAUCCCUCCAGAUGUUUUGGGACUACAACUCCCAUCAUCCCUGACCACUGGUCCUGUUAGCCGGGGAUGAUGGGAGUUGUAGUCCCAAAACAUCUGGAGGGCCCAGUUUGCCUAUGCCCGGCUUAAAUGCAAAGUUGGCUCACCAGAUGCAGCAUAGAGCACACUUCCAGCUUUGCAAAGUUACCCAUAGCAGAUCACAGAAAACAGCUCCAGCCUGGAUACUCAUGCAAGAGUUCCAGCAGCUUUGGCAUUUCCUACGCUGGCAAUGAAAAUAAAUUGAUGUCGUUGGCUAGAG